AUGUUCUCAGCUGUGAAGACAGUGUUCAGCAGAAAUCCUGAUCUCAAAGCCGGUGAAGAUGGCAACCGCAAGGUGUGUGCACGGAAGCUGAUCACUAAAAUUGUCAAUGCUCUCACUGCCAGUGCAGAAACAGGUGCACCAAUGGCUUGCAUGUACCUCCUUAAUCAGCCAGACCAUUACACCAGCCACACAUUCUGCCCCUUCUACUGGAGGAGCUACAUGUAUGAGUUUGUAGGCAUUACACAACAAAUGGACUACAUGUACAGGCCAACUAAAUAUGCCCAAGUGUGUCUGUACGACUGGAUCAGACUGAGUGACAAACAAACCAUGGGACGUGCCAUGAAACGUGCUACUCAGAAGCUCAAGCCAGUACAUGAGAAAAUUGCUAAAUUGGAGAACAAUGAGGACAAGAGCAAACGAAAUAUAAAGCCAUUGCCUAGUCGCAGAGGUGGUGGCCAGGAUAAAUGGAAGGAAGAGUCUGAUGAUGAUGACCCAUUGUUGCUCACAAAGGAGACAGCACAGAAGGCUAGAGAGGAUGAGCAAAUGGAUGCUAUCACAAAUUACCAUGAGCCCACACGCUUCCAGCCCACUCAUCCUCAGUAUGAAACACACAUGGCUGUCAUGCUACCAGAUCAUUGUGCUCGGGUGCCCAACUUUGUUGGAGGCACAUUGCCACAUCAAGACAUGGGUAAUAGAGAGGAAUAUUGCAUGACCAUGCUCAUGCUCUUCAAGCCUUGGCAUAAAGGCUUAGACCUCACGGAUACUUCUCAGACAUGGGAUGAUGCAUUUGCUAGCCAUGAAUUCACAGAACGGCAGCAAGAGGUCAUGAAGUUCUUCCACAUAAAGUAUGAGUGCAAUGAUAGUCGAGAUGACUUUUCCAAGCACAGACAGGACAAAGGAGAACAUGGAGGCCUGGGCUUUGAGGAAGAAGAAGAAGUUGACAAUGAUGAUUACAUUGAUGUUGUGCAGAGCAGUGUAACAGGUGAUGAUGGGGCAAUUGACUAUGAUCCAGAAUGGGAUGUUCUUGGGAGAAAGUCCCUGACCCGUAUUGCACAGAUGCAACAGGCAGAGAACAUUGCUCAUGCUAGUGUUAGGGCUCGUGGGCUCGGAACCCUAGAUUCAGGGGCCGGGCUGCCUCGUGAACCUAAUGGUUGGUGGUCGCGACGCGACCAGGGGGGAAAGGAGGAUCUCGGGGUCGUGAGCAAGGUGAGGAGUACCUGCUAGGGUCGUUAGCAGGGCGACGAGCCUUGCUAUUCGGGAGCGCGGAGAGGUCCUUGGUUGCCAGCGACGAGCUGGGCCAAGCAGGGAGUCCUAGACGGGCUGUUGGGCCAGGUCGAGGAGGGGUCCAAGGCGAAGGCGACGAGCCUAAGCCGAGGGGAGUUCCUAGGCGGGGCGACGAGCCUAGCCGAGGACAGGGGAACUAACUCGGACGGCGCGAAGAGUUCGCACUCGGACGAGGUGGU